GUGCACAAAAAAAAAAAACGAGCGCGACCAUAAGCAACUAAACAUUAAACGAACGCAAGUAAAAAAGAAAGAGCGAAAGACUACAUAUAAUUGUAAUAAAAAUAAGCGCGCGUACUAAGUCUCUCGCUGCGUUCCAGCAACUAGCAAUUUCCGCUUUUUAUGUACUACAUGCAGUUUGCUUUGUGCUUUUUUAUCGCACAGAAGUAAUCUCCAUCUUUGUUUCUCUCCAACACUCGCGCAACGCCCGCGCAACCCGCUCGUCCGCCGGAUCCCAUACUUACAAAAUUCGUUUUGCAUUUCUACUAGUUGUUGUUGUUGUUGCCAUUCGCUGUGAUGGCCGCACAGCGCUCCCAUGUUAACCAAAAUGGCGGAAAUAGUUUGGACGAUGCCAAAGCAGAGCAAAAGCGUAACGAAAAUUUGCGAAAACUUUUUCAAACGAGCAAAAAAGCGAAAACGAACACUGCAAAGCUGCAACGUGGACGCAGUGAAGAUGGCGGCGGACAAUUUCACUACAACUACAACAAGAUGGCGUCUAAAAACAACGGAGAUGCGAGUACAGUUAACUACACAUAUGGCGAUGACGUUGUGCGCUUUGAGAAGCAAGAAGCUGCUGACAGAGUCGUGAGUCGUGGGUCAAGUUUCGACCACGCUGCGGACAGGUGGACGCAAGGAAAUGGACAAAUUGCUGCUGGCACUGAUUACAACAACGCCAGUGUGCCGGUGAGACGCAGCGACAGUCGCAUACGACGCUGGAGCGUACGGAGCAGCAGUGUGUCGGGCGAGGGGCGCCUGGGAGGAAAUCCCACAAUGGCCAAGCGACAAUUGAGUAAAAGUGUUGUGGACACAAAUCAAUUGGCAGUGUCAUGCAAUCAAUCGCCAUUGAAACAAAGCGUGCAAGACAUGAACAGCCAUUACAACAACAAUUACAGUUACUACUACAGCAACAACGACGAAAGCAACCAAAGUCAAAAAACCAGGGACUACAAUGCGCACUACGACGAGUUCAAUAGCAACGAUGCCACUGGGGAUUGUCUUAGUCUCGUCGGCGCUGACAUUGACAGGGACGAAGUGCAUGAGGUAGGAACUGGCACAAAGGCAAGCACAGCCUUUGACCUGCCCAUUGAUGAUGACGAUGUUACAGCAGAUGUUACUGCCGCAGGGGAAGGGCGAUGGGACAGUGCUUACUUGUAUGAAGCAGGAAAUCAAGGCAUUGGCCAACAACGCACUCCCUCACCGGACGCAUGGUCAACAGCUUUGAAUGCGCACAGAAAUUGGCAACAACAACAACAGCAAGUUGAGUUGACUGCAACGAAGCGAGUGAAUUUAGUCACAACGACAGGGAGUGGAGCGUCCAGUGCUGGCAACCACAAACGAACGGCAUUCACUCCACAUGUCAGCGCCACAGCAAGCGAGCUGGAAAGCGACGCCACACAACACACAACCCGAAAUCGCAUUGCCGCGGUGGGUGGCGACAAUGAAAGUCCCCGUACCUCCCGAGCGGCUGGCUUGCACGUGAAUUAUGAAGCCUCUGCUACGCGUAGACAAGAGUUGCCACAGCGCGCCAAUGAAAGGACGUCAACAACAGCCGGACCGCAAAGCUCACCACAAUUGCAACUUCAGUCGAGGAGCGCCGACGAGGGCAAUCGUACGCAUAAUGCUAGCCAUGUUUCGGCUCUCUUCAGAACGCCGCUUGUGAAGCGUGCGCGUGGACACAGCGUGGAUCGCUUUGGUGCGGGCGCAAUAAAUACCGCAAAUGCCCAAUGGACGUCUGAACGGGACAUCAGCACGAAAAUUACUACCGAAUUUGGAAAAGUUAUGACAGCGCUAGCCCCGUCUGCCAAACCGCAAGCGACGACGGUGUCAAUGGCAGACGAAAUGAGACAAGACAACAACAACAAGUGCGCUGUGUCUGACGAAUUGCGGUGGCAGCGGCAAUGGCAACGGCAAAAAGAAUUUACGGACAUUACUGCGCCACAACAGCGCUGCGUUGGCGACGGCUGCCAUAAUUACUCAGCCGCGUCUGCUGAGUCCGCACAUCAAAGCGCUGCAACAGCAGCACCCUUGCCAAACUCAAAUUUAAGAGCCUACAACAGCAACAACAAUCUUACGAAAUACGGUUGCUACUUAUCGAUAGCAACAGCAGCAACAACAAACAGUGGCGACUGGUCAACCACUCAGGCAACGCUAGCUGAGCGCUUAAAUAAAUUUCGACAUAAGCAACAACAACAACAACAACAGCAGCAGCAGCAACCGCCACAGCAACUACAACAACAGCAACAAGUGGGCGGUUGGUCGAUCGAAGGCGAAUUAUCAACGCCAGAAGAGUAUUACAAGCAUUUUAGUGGCGCAAACGUUUGCAAUAGACAAAACAACAGCAACAACAACAACAAUCGACAUUACAACUACAUUGCUGCAAGUAGUGGCAAUAAACCAACGGUACUCAAGCGCACUGAAUUAAUAUCCACUGCUGACACAUACACCUCAGCACCAGAACAGCAUAGUCCAUCACAGCUUCAGGCGAAAUUCGUUAAUAGCAAGAGUAACAACAACAACGUUGAACAACAUCAUUAUAAGCUAAGUCAACAAAGUGCGUUGGAUGUUGCAACAUUGGAUGCAACUGAGCCAUCUUCCACUCCACUAGAUUGCUACACUAAAUCGGGCAAACGGAGACGUGUAUUAGUGCGCAAGCGCAACAACACGGACACACAAGAAGUCGGCCCUACAACAAACAACAACAACGUAAUCAAGUCGACGACGACGAGAGUAACAACAGGCGGCCGUGUCAAACAACGGACAGCGACUACAAAAGCGGCAGCAACACAAAUUUGGUUUCUUUCGGUUUUGCACAGCAUCGGCCUAGGCAGCUUUGCCGAUUAUGUUGCCCAGCAGUUAGGCAUAUGCUGCAGCUGCAACAACAACAACAACAGUACGACGUACAACAGUAACGAAACGUUGCAUACAAGUAGGCGCUCAACGCUAGCGCCUCCCACACUUUCCGUUGAGAACAUUCCAAAGCGAGGCUCCUUCGACGUAAUGGGUUUGCUGCGCAGCAUGAAGCUGAAAGAUCGCCUCGCCAUUAGUCUGGGUGCGACCCUGAUACUGCUGACGUUGCUGUUGGUGGUCGAUGUGCAGAUGGAUUUCGGCGUUACGAAUCGGCACAUAUUACAACAGCAGUCACGUGUGCGUUAUGUAAAUGAGAAUGAUGGCGGUGACACUGGUGGCGGCGGUGGCACUGGUGCCUUCAGAGACUUUAAACGGAAAUUUCUGCAAAAGAGCAAUUCAUCGGGUUCAAAGGAGACUGCCACGCCGACAACCACACAAUCACGCCCGGCAGGCACUGCGGCGGGUGGCAGUUCGGCAGAUGUGGCGGCCGGUGCGGGUGCCGGCACGAGUGGCGUUCAACAGGAUGCAGCGGCCAGAGAGGAUUUGUUGGCGGUCCAGAAGUUCGAGCGCGAACCGCAUGAUCCCUUCGACGAUUUAUUCCGUCUGCUGAUGGGCCUUGACAAGACCGACUAUUCGCAUGUGUUAAUCGAUGAUGAUGGCACGACGAUAACGGAUAAUCCAAGCAUUGCUGAAAUAACGGGCCUGAAACCGAGCAAAAAUGCGACGAAUUUGGAACGUUUCCAAUGGCACAUAUCUAAGCGUGAGCUUUACAAAGAGAAUGACACGAUUGUGGACGAAGUGAUACACGAUAUGAUCAAGCUGCCGGUACAACAUGUUGUGCAAAAGGAAGGCGGUACGCAGUUGAAAUUGAUUAUCGAAUUUCCCAGCGACAUCAAAGCGCUGAUGAAGCCAAUGAGAUUUCCUCGCGAACAACAAACUUUGCCGAAUCACUUCUAUUUUACAGACUAUGAGCGCCACAAUGCGGAAAUUGCUGCUUUCCAUUUGGAUCGAAUUUUGGGUUUUCGUCGCGCCAUGCCCGUCACCGGUCGCUUGCUGAAUAUAACAACGGAAAUUUAUCAAGUCGCCGACGACAAUUUAUUACGGACCUUCUUCGUCUCGCCCUCGUCGAACCUGUGCUUUCACGGCAAGUGCUCCUACUACUGUGACACCGGGCAUGCCGUUUGCGGUAACCCCGAUAUGUUGGAGGGCUCAUUCGCCGCCUUCCUGCCCAGUUUCGAGCAGACGGGACGAAAGGUUUGGCGGCAUCCUUGGCGCCGUUCGUAUCAUAAACGCAGGAAGGCUCAGUGGGAAACAGAUUCCAAUUACUGCUCCAUUGUUCGCGAAAUACCCCCAUAUGAUGAAGGUCGUCGCCUAUUGGAUCUUAUGGAUAUGGCUAUAUUUGAUUUUCUAACCGGAAAUAUGGACAGGCAUCAUUAUGAGACCUUCAAAAUCUUUGGCAAUGACACAUUCACUUUGCAUUUGGAUCAUGGCCGUGGUUUUGGCAAACCUUUUCACGAUGAAUUAACAAUUUUGGCGCCAUUAUUGCAGUGUUGCAUGAUACGCACGUCGACGUUGAAGCGAAUAUUGGACUUCCACAAUGGACCUAAACCGCUGUCGGAGCUAAUGCGCGAGUCCAUGUCCGUCGAUCCCAUUCGACCGAUACUCUGGGAACCGCACAUGAAGGCGCUCGAUCGGCGCGUGACCAUCAUUCUGAGCGGCAUACGCGAUUGCGUGAAGAAGAAUCCACCAGAGGAGGGACUCGACUCCGAGGAUCUGCUGUCAUAGCAAUUACGGCAACAGGGGCGUAUUAAGAAUGGCAAAUUCCAGUUUCUGAUUCGCCCAAAAGUGCGCCAUAUGAAAAUGACAGUUUAGCAUUAGAGAACCCUAGGAUACUUAAUGUUGUAGUAGAGUAAGCGUAAGAGCAAAAUUGCAUUGUGCAACAAUGUGCGGAGAGCCGACAUUCGUGCGGAUGUGUGUGACUAUACAAUGUUUUUUGUUAGUGGUUGACUAGUUGAAUUUACAUAUAACUAUAACUAAAGAUAAAGCAUGUAAACUAAAUUAAAUUAAAUUAAAUUAAAGUGCUCGGCAAACGCUAGAAACCGUAUGGAGAUGUGUUACUGAGUUCAAGGCAGCAGAGUCUGGGAGUUGGUUGCGCUGCAAUUGUCUUUGUAAAAGGCAGAGUGUGCACCUAACUCGCAGCCUUUGCGCCGAAAUAUGAAUUAAUUGAAGACAAAUAAUUUAUAGGCUUAAAGUGAUAACAGACAUAAUUUAAAAGUAUAAACAAAAAACUAUUAACGAAUUCAGAAUAUUUAAACUAAAUAAAUAAGUUUGAUAGUUAAAGCAUAAUUAUAGGCGGCGGAAGAUUUGCAUUGAGCACCACUGUCUCAAGUGCUAUUUGAAUUUUUAUGGGAAUCUUUGUGCAAAUUGAGUAUGUACCUUUCAUAAUUAACAUAAACUAUGAGCAUUAAUUAUUAAACGAAAAUAAAUUAAAUGCAUUAAAGUAACAAUUGGCAGCUGUAUGGAAGCAAAGAGCAAAGAAAGCUCGAAGUAGCUUACAUGAAUUACAAAAAAAUAACAAAAACAACUAACAUUUUACAGUUGGUGCCAAAGUGCACACGAAUGCACGAGGAACUGUGCACCCGAAAGGGGUUUCAUGCCUCCUUCGUAGCAACUAAAUGAAAAGACUAAAUAACUAACAUUUUAUUAUUAAUUUGCGCUUUUAUUUAUUAAGAAUUGUGGAAAAUUACUUUUAAUUUUAUUUAUUAUUUUGUAAAGCAGAAAAAGUGGAACUUCAAAAUUUUACUUAACCCUUAAAUAUCACAUUUCUAGUAUGUGGUUAUUAAAUUUAUUUUUAUUAUUAUUGGAUAUGCUAUAACUUGGAUUAAAAUUAUUAUUUUUUUAGUCAAAGUUGGGUUUCGAGUAUUUUUUUCUAAAUUAUAUUAUUUAAUUAAUUUAAAAUAAUUAAUUAAUUUAAAUAAAAAAACCAAAAUUUUUAUUGUAAUUUCAUCUGGUGCAAGUGUGUUUACUAAAUAUCUACGAUAUCGCUUUCAUUAUCCGUUUGUAAAGCUACACUUUAAUUUUGCACGAAAUCAUAUCUCAUUAGUUGGUUAAAAGUUGUGCGUUCAUGUACUUGAAUUGUUUAUAAAACACUUGCAUACAUACAGUUAUAUGCAUAUAUAGCUAUGUAUAUGUAUGUAUGUAUGUAAAUAGUUAAUAUAGAAAAAACUAUAGUUAUACACACAUAUAUAGGUACGUAUGUAUAGCUGUUUGUUAAUUUAGUUGAUUUGCCUUGGAAAUGUUAUACUAUAUAAUUUAUAAUGCAUAAUGAUGCAAAAAUUAUUUGUGAACUUUUCGUAGUUAGUAAGUACUUAUGGAACAAAAGAAAAAAUACCAAAGAAUUGUGAAGAAAUUCUUAUGACAGUUUUUGUCCUCAACCAAUCUUUUACAUAUAAAUGUUUUGCAGAAAAAUCAAAAUUUUAUUUUAAAAGUUCUCGAUGUCUAACAUAAAUAAUUAUUUCCUAGCAAUAUAUUAUUUAAAUACAUUAAGCUGCAAUAUUAACUAAAAUAAAGUUGCGACAGAUAACUGUUUAGUGUUUCGAUCUUCAUUUAAGACAGGAAUAUGUGCGAUGAAAAAAAUUAAUUAAACAGUUACAGCUGUGCUGGUUGAACACUAAAGAAACUGUAAAUCUAAAGAAACAAAAAGUUGUUUUUUGUCAACACCGUGAACUAUAUGAUAUUCUUCUUAAACAAAUGCAUAUUCUUUCAUUUCCAUAAGACUCUAGUUUUAAUUUCAACAUUUCACUUUUUGGUGUAAACAAAAAUUAAAUAAAGCUUUUUUUUGACAUAUUUAUGUAUUUAAAGAAAAAAAUAUUGUGUAUUAUAAAUAUGUAUAUUUAAUGUUAUUUAAUUGUAUUGAAAGUUAAACUAAAUUAGAUUAGUAAAAUGGGGUAAAAAUCGCUGACAUACUGUGGGAUAAUUUGUAUAAUGCAUAUAACUAAAGAAACUUGUGAAAUAUUUGAAUGAAUUUAAAUAAAGUACUAAAUAAGAUUAUAUUGAA